CCUCUUUAUAUUCAGAACAAACAAUACUCCCACCCCCACACACCACCACCACCACCACCGCCGCCGCCGCCACCGCCGCUUCCGCGGCCGUGUAUACAGACAACUAAGAGUGCCCACAUAAAUCCAGUAAUUUCUGCCAACAUGGUUCUUAAAACAGCUGACCACCCUUCCGCUUUCAUGAAAAGUUUCCUCAGCCAGUGCGGUGGCUCCGCCGUCAUCGACGGCGGACUUGCGACGGAGCUCGAACGGCAUGGGGCCAACCUGAACGAUCCUCUGUGGAGUGCUAAGUGCCUCAUUAGUUCACCCCACCUCAUCAGAAGGGUUCACCUGGAUUACCUAGAAGCUGGUGCAAACAUAAUUAUAUCUUCAUCUUACCAGGCUACUCUUCAAGGUUUUGAAGCAAAGGGAUUUUCGAAAAAAGAAGGCGAAUCAUUGCUCGAAAAAAGCGUUAAAAUAGCAUGCGAGGCUCGGGAUUUAUAUUACGAGAAUGCCACCAAGGGAUCGUGGGACAUUUCAACAGAUGGAAUGCUAACACCGAAAAACCGCCCCGUUUUGGUCGCUGCAUCCGUCGGAAGCUACGGGGCUUAUUUGGCCGAUGGUUCCGAGUAUAGUGGGGUUUAUGGAGAUAAUGUCGGUUUAGAAACUCUUAAAGAUUUUCACCGGAGGAGGGUUCGGGUUUUGGCCGAGUCGGGAGCCGAUUUGAUUGCUUUUGAGACCAUUCCUAAUAAACUUGAAGCUCAGGCGUAUGCGGAGCUUCUUGAGGAAGAGGGAAUAAAUAUCCCGGCUUGGUUUUCUUUCUCUUGCAAAGACGGGACCCACGUGGCAAAUGGAGAUUCGAUUGAAGACUGCGCGUUGGUAUCUAAUUCUUGUGAUCGAGUCGUUGGAGUUGGGAUUAAUUGCACCCCACCAAGAUACAUCCAUGGACUCAUCCAAUCAAUCCAAACCGUGACGAAUAAACCAAUUCUUGUAUACCCGAACAGUGGGGAGACUUACGAUGGCAACAAAAAGGAAUGGGUGCCAUCGACUGGCAUUGCUGAUGUGGAUUUCGUAUCGUACGUGGGAAAAUGGCGCGAUGCUGGAGCUUCUCUUAUUGGAGGUUGCUGCAGAACUACACCAAACACCAUUAGAGCUAUUUCCAAGAUUCUCUCUAAGAACUGAAUAUUUCAAUAUAUAUAUAUAUAUAUAUAUAUAU